AUGGAGUUUGCCUGCCGUUGUGACAACCUGUCACUCGACCAGCUCAUCAGCAUGGCAAUCCGGUUAGACAACCUCCUGCAGUCCCGACGAGAACCUGCGCGGAAUCCAGAGCCCAUGGCUACACCUGCUCCGUGGCCAGAGCCGAUGGAGGUGGGCUCUGCACGUUUGCCCGAGGCAGAGCGUAUUAGAAGGAGGAAUCUGGGUUGGUCGCAGGAGUGUCAGGGGAGGUGUCUCGCAGUGUCUAUCAACACCACUAUGGUGGAAAGUCCGGAUCACACCACUCAAGUGGAUUUACCGGAGGAAUACCAGGAUCUGGAACGGAUUUUCUCUAAGACCCAGGCUACACGCCUGCCUCAUCGCCCCUGGGACUGUGCCAUUGACCUGCUGUCUGACGCAGUCCUCCCGAGAGGACACGUCUAUCCCCUCUCCUACGCGGAGACCGAGGCCAUGGAGACCUACAUACAGGAGAGACUCAAGCAGGUGGUGUGGGACGUGGACGCCAACAUACGGCAGGCCCUGCGUAAGGAACCCACACCUGAACAGUGCCUGGAGAACCGCACCUACGUACCCACGGGUGUGCGGGACCGCCUCCUUUCCUGGGCGCACACGGCCCCUGUGUCGGAUCAUCCUGGGAUAGGCUUGAAGAUGACUAUAGAGGUGAUGAGCCACAGCCAGAGCAUCUGCCUCCUCAGUCACAGCUUCCCCUUCCUCAGGCAGAGCCUCCUCUUCCUCAGCCUGGCCGCUUGUCUAGACAACGCACUUCUGCUCCCCUCCCUCGGCCACGGUCUUCAUCUAUGUGUGUUACUAAAGGCACAAUGUGGCUUGCUCAAAAAAGUAUGUUAUUGUUCCUACCCUAAGAAUCCUGUCUUUUUUACUUUUUCUCUGUGCUGUUCUCAGUUCUCUACCAUCGAUGUGGACCAGGCCAUGUUCCAGCCAUACCCCUCGGAGAUUGUGUUCCAGAAUUAUACGCCCUCAGAGACCUAUGAGAUUUCACUGAUUCUCCGUAACAUUGACAAGAUCCCACGGCGGGUGAAGGUGGUGGAGGGAGACUCUCUGUAUUUUAAAUUGGUCAGUCCAGUGGAUGUAUGUAGCAAAGUGGCCCCAGGGUUGGCGUCCACAUUCAGGGUCCUCUUUAUACCUCAGGAGAACAAGGACUACAUCCACAGGCUCAUCUGUGUGACAGAGAGGGAGAGGUUUGAGGUUCCUAUCCGGGCGAUCGCGCGGGCCAUCCUAGACUUCCCUGACCACCUGCACUUCUCUCUGUGCCCUGUGAAGUGUUCCUCACAGAAGACCCUGCUGGUGCGCAACAUUGGCAACUGUGAGGCCAAGUUCCAGCUAAGCACACACAGCCCUUUUUCAGUGGAGCCCCCUCAUGGAACUAUUGGUGUUGGAGAGAGCAUGCAGGUGACAGUAGACUUCCUCCCCAAGACUGCAGGAGACCACAGCCAGGACCUGCUGCUUCACUACCAUACAGCUCAGGGGUUUGGCCAGUGUUUCUCCUUCAGCCCCACUGAGGGGAUGGUUCCCCCCUGGGGCCUGCACGCCAUGGAGGUCUGCUUCUCCUCCAGCACCCUGGGGGUCUUCUCUGAGGAGUUCAUCUUCACUGUGGGGGGAAACCCGCAGCCUAUCAGCCUCACGUUUAGGGGUUGCGUAAUGGGCCCCACUUUUCACUUCAGCAUCUCAGAGCUCAACUUUGGGGAUGUGUCCUUCGGUUUCCCUCACACACUGAUCUGCAGUCUGAACAACACUUCCUUCUGGUUCCUAAACUUUGGGCUGAGGGUUCCAGGGGAUGGCAGUGGGCCUCCCAGCAUCACCAGUGCCUCCCAGGUGUCAGACUUUAGUAGGACAGAGUGGAGCUCCAGUACUGUACCAGCGCCCAUUGAGUUCACCCUGACACCCAACUCAGGAACCGUGCGUCCUCAGGGACUGGUUGACAUCCAGGUGACCCUGUGCUCCAACAGUGUUCAGUGCUACAGCCUGGCUCUAGUGGUGGACGUACAAGGGGUGGGGGAGGAUGUGCUGGCCCUACCCAUCAAUGCCAGGUGUGUCAUACCAAAUGUUCUUCUGGAUACCCCAGUACUACAGUUCCAGAGAUGUUUCCUGAGUUACCCUUACGAGCAGUCAGUGAAGCUUACUAAUGACAGUGACCUGCCUGCAUGCUACGGCCUUCUGUUCCAGGAGUAUGAGGAUGACCCCUCUCUGCUCUACUUCAGUGCCCACCCACGAGGGGUCAUUCAGCCCCACAGUGUUGUGGACAUCCCCCUGGUUCUGCUGGCUAAGACUGUUGGCAGGCUCCAACAAACUGUACACAUUGCUGUAUUUGGGAAGAAGGAGCCUCCUCUGAACCUGCUCCUGUCCUGCAUUGGGGAGGGUCCGGUAGUCCAUGUGAUGACCACAGAGGUGGCCUUUGGCAGCAUACCGGUUCUGACCGAUGUCUCCAGAACACUGCAGCUCUCAAACCAGUCCCCGAUACCAGCACGCUUUGUAGCACAAAUGGUGCGCAGCAGGUCCCUGUGGCGGGUGGAGCCAAGUGAGGGAGAGGUUCCACCCCAGGGGAAGCUGGAGCUGAGGCUAGUGGCUCACCUGGAUGACACCCUGCAUUUCCAGGACAAGCUGCACCUGUCCAUCCAGAAUAGUGAAACACACACCAUCCCUCUCUCUGCUACUGGCAAGGGCACUACUAUUGUCACCAACCGCCCUUUUGCCCCCAGUCUGGACUUGGGAGCCCAUUUCAGCUCUGGACCAUGUCAGUACCAUUUUAGAGUGACCAACCGAGGUCGCCGUUCCCACCAGCUGUACUGGACGACGGAGGGGUACCCCCAGUUCCGCCGAAGAGUUCCCCCACCCGCCCACACCACCAGGAAGGGAAAGAGUCGCAGCUCCCUGGUACCCCCACCUGUAGAUGGGCCAGUCUUCAGCCUGCACCCCAUGCGUAUGGAGCUGGCCCCGGGACAUACUGCUGACAUGGUGCUGGAGGGCUCCUCUGACUCUCCCAAGGUGGUCCGAGAGAGGCUGGUGUGUCACGCCAUCCUAGGUCACCAGAGUGGGAAGGAGCGCAUCAUGACGGUGGACGUCACAUGUCGGUUUGUCUCACCCAUCCUGGACAUCUCCUCUCAGCAGCUCAGCUUCUAUGUGGAGAAGGCUCCAGGUGUCUCUCUGCUUCCUCUCUACCAAAAGCUGCUGCUGAGGAAUGAGUCGUCUCUGGCCCUCUCUCUGCAGCUCACUCUGGCUGAGCCCUUUGGUCUGUCUGACCACGAUGGUGAUCACACAUGUGUCACUUCUAAGACUUUGGUACUGGCUGUAGGAGUGCAGACGGAGCAGUGGGUACGCUUCGACCCCUCAUACUGCCAGGACAGUAUAACGCGGGUGGCUGAGGAGGUGCUGGAGGUGCGUUACUCAGACCAUCCUCAGCAGGACACGGUGGACCUGAGGGGAGAGGUCCACUUCCCCAACCUGCACUUCUCAAGUGCGGCUCUGGACUUUGGCUGUGUACUGAAUCACACCGAGGCUCAGCGCCAGCUCACCAUGACCAACUGCAGCCCUCUGUCUGUGUCCUACCACUGGGCCUUCCUGGUCGACCAGCAGCAGUACACCAUCAGGUUUCCUGAGCAGACCAACGUGAGUAAGGGAAGAGCGACCACACAUGAGGAGGAGAGGGAUACGCAAUGGGACCUGUCCAAAAAGAGAAACAUUGACAUCAGAGUGGACUCAAACAGGGAAAUUGAGGUUCCCAAACUGCUCCUGGAUAAGGAGGGGGAGGAAGAGAAGGGAGACCAAGAGAAUGAGACUAAGGAGGGGAGGGGCUCUCCCAAAGAUCCCCUGUCAGCUCCAGUCACCACCACUCUCAUCACAGAGGGGAGGCAGAGCCAGGGGCGAGGCAGCUACAACCCCAGCAGACAGGAGCACAACAGGACCUCACCAGCACAGUGGCCAGCCAGUACUGAUCAGAACACAGGCACAGCAAGCCACACUACAAAGGAGCACCCCAGUGUUGGAGUGGAGGAGGUGUUUGAUAUCCUACCUAUAUAUGGGGUGCUGCAGCCAGGUGAAAGCCAGCUGGUGUCCUUCUCCUUUUACGGUCAUGCUGACAUCAGUGGUCAGGUUCUGGCUCUGUGUGAGGUCGAGGAGGGCCCCACGUAUGAAAUCACACUCAAAGGAGAGGCUUCACUGGUCACCUACAGCCUGAACAGAACAGAGAUAGACUUUGGCCUUCAGUUGUUUGACCGUGUGGCAGAGGCAGAGAUCACCCUGAGGAACACAGGGAAGGUGGGCUUUGAGUUCAGAGCUCUGUUGGGGGAGCAGGAUGGGUGUGAGGACCCUCGGCCUGGACAUCCCCUGGUCAUCUCCAGAAUGGGUUACAUCGAGGCGAAUGCAGAGCAGAAGCUGUCAGUGUACUAUCUCCCUGGGAUCCCUGAGGUCUUCCACAAGACUUUCCAGCUGCAGGUGGCUUUCUUUGAGCCAGAGAGCAUCACUCUUAUAGGAGAAGGCAUCUUCCCCAGGGUGUGCCUGGACCUACCCAGAGAGCUCGAUGAUGAGAGGUAUACUGCAGUGGUGAAGGAGGCCAAGAAGGCCCUGGAGGAGGACAGGAGGGAUGUGGGCAUCAGCCGGCCUGCUACUGGAGAGGGCCUUCUGUCAGACAUGGACUACAUCCCUACAUAUGAUGCCCUGCUGCAGAUGGAGGUAGAGAGGCUCUUGGUGAAACAGAAUGCCAUGGCUAUUGAGAAGAGACAAGGGGACAAUCGAGACACGCCUGUAUCCAUUAGCAAAUGGCGCAAGAAGCUUAGCAGGUUCCUCCUGCCGGAGUACACACUGGAUUUUGGCUAUGUGAUCCAUGGUAGUGUUCCUAACCACAUAGUCAAAGUGACAAACACUGGACCCAUGUCUGUGUCCUUCCGGGCUGACCGCCGCCCACUCACAGGCACAGGAUUUGUUGUAGAGCUGGAUAGAGUGAAGAAUCUGCCCUAUUGUGAGACUGAGACUUUUGAAGUGAAGUUUGACCCCCGUGGAGCAAAUCUGAAUUUAGGGGAGAUCAACACUGUCAUGCCUAUACAGGUGGUUGGGGGCCCUGCAGUGCAGGUCCAUCUUUGUGCCGUAGUCACCAUGCCCUCCCUCACGGUCUCCACGGAUACGCUGCAGUUUGACAGCAUUCAGUGUGGGCUGUGUCAGGUAACCACCGUCCAGCUGUUCAACCCCGAGCCUGUCCCCUGUGAGUGGAGCAUUGCAGAGGAGCAACGGCCCAGGAAGAAGAUUGACAAGCAUGUCCCCCUCCACCUGAGACGGAAGGCCAGAUUGGAGCAGCGUCCUCCUCCAGUGGUGUUUGAAAUGCUACCUUCAACAGGCGUGCUGUAUCCUGGAGAUAGAGUCAACGUCCAGGUCAAAUUCAGCCCAGCCGAGGGGAGGGCGUACAGCCAGAGGCUGGUGGUGUCAGUGGCCCAAAGCACCCAGAGGAUGCUGCUGCUGGCCCAGGGGCAGGGAGAGGAGCCCCAGCUGGAGUUCUCCUCCUCUGUGCUGGAGCUGGGACCCACCCUGCCAUUCAGUGCUGGAGAGGAGGCUGAAGUGAUCGUACGGAACCCCUGCCCCUUUCCCAUUGAGUUCUACUCCCUGGAGUUUGACAAGAAAUACCUGGAGGAAGAGAAGGUGAAAUCAAUUGACUGCCUCAUUCUGCGAGAGUCACUACCUCCUGAGCUAAUGGACUAUUACAACGAACACAACUGUGAGGAGGAGGAUGAGUCCAAGGCUGGCUCCCCUAAAGAUGAGGAGGCAUCUGAGGCAGGGGAUAAGGGAGAGCAGGAGGAGGAGCUAGCCACCCCACCCCUUCCAGAACGACUCGUGGAGGUGGAGAAAGAGGCAGCUCCCUCCAAGGAUGGGACGCCAUGUGGAGACCUGAUCAAAGACACCGUGGAAAGCAGGACUGCCAGUGUGGGGGACCUGGAGGUCAACCCAGUGUCCAGAGCUAUUGCACGCCACAUGGGCAUUGACCUGUCACCUGAGGGCCAGGCUGCACGAAACCGCCGGGGCAUCGCAAUCAUUGUGCAUGGGGCUCCCCUCUCAGGUAAAACAGGCACAGCAGUGACUCUGGCCAAAUACUAUGGAGCAGCGUGUCUGAGCAUUGAUGCUGUGGUGCUGGAGGCACUGUCCUCAGGGAUGACCUCUGCUGGCCUGCGGGCCCGAGAGCUGUGUGCCAAGGCUGCUAUGGAGCAUGCUCAGAAGAGGGUGGAGGAGGCCGCCCAGGCAGUGGUGGAGGUGAUGGGGCCUGCUGGUCAAGGUGUUGGUACUCUGAGUGUGGAGGCUGUAGCCAAACACACAGCUGAGGGCAGUCAAGUCAUUGACCCCAAGGCUCCAGCCUCCUCCAUCUCUACACGUAACAAGAACAGUGUUGUGGGAGGGAAGAGGAUCGACGGAUCACAGCCCACCGCCCCCUCAAUGUGCUUGCUUUCUGUGCAGGGUUGUGGUCCUAUCCACCGGCAGCUGAGCAUCAGUGGGAGCCAGGUGGGAGAGCUGGGCCUGAUGAGCUGCCUGCUACCAGACCAACUGCUGGUGGACAUCCUCUCAGAGAGACUACAGCUAAGUGACUGUCACCGGGGUGUUGUGAUGGACGGGCUGGAGACGCUGUACUGCCUCUCCCCCAGCAGCACCCUACAGAUCAUCCUCAAGGCCUUCAACAACAGAUCCUUCAUCUACAUGGUCAACCUCUCCAACAACUACUAUGCCUUCAAGGCCAAGGAGAGGGCACAGAGAGAGGCAGAGGAGGUCUUACAGAGGGAGCAGGCUGAGAAGGAAAAGCUGCGCUUGCAAGAAAUGGAUGAGGAGGAGUAUGAUGCCCUGCCAGAGGAGGAGAAAGAGCGCAUCGACCUCAGACACCUUGUGGCACUGAGAGAACGAAAACGCAGGGAACAAGAGCGGGCAGAAAGGGAACAGGAGGAGAGGAGACAACAAGAGGAGCUAGAGAGAGUGAGAGAGGAAGAGGAGAUGAAAAAGAAAAACAAGAAAGGCAAGAAGGAGCCUGCCAAGGAGGACUCAUCAGGGAAGAAGAGUCAGCUUGGAGGAAAACAGUCUGCAAGUGCUCUACGCUCAGAGACAAAACUGGAUCAGCCGGUGAAAGAUGGGAGAAAAAUGUCCUCCUGUGCUGAUGGCAAGGAGUAUAAAGACUCUCCCACAGAGGGCACUAGGGAACCAGAGGAGGGACCCAAAAAGAAGAAGCCCAAAGAGGGCAAGGCAGGGGGGCAGGAGGAGUCUCCAUUACCAAACGAGGACCCAGAGAGAGAGCUGUCUAGUGAGGGUGACCGACUGCUGUUGUCUCGGUUCAAGCUCUACGAGCAGAGCCAGCCCCAGCUUCUCCACAUUCUACAGUUCUGGGACCGAGCCCAGGGUCAACUCCUCCAGCCCCUGUUCUCUGAAGACAACAUCCAGGAGCCAGAGGAAGUAGUCCCUGAGAGACAGGCCCCCUCCGGCAAGAAGACCAAGAAAGAGCGGGAGAAGGAGAAGGUGGAGAAGGAGAAGGAGCGCUUGGAGAAGGAGAAGUUGAAGGCAGAUGCCACAGACAUGAAGCUGGUGUCUCCAGCCCCUAGCCAGGCCCUUCUAGCAGUGGAGGGGUCUGAGGGAGGGGACAGGGAGGCUGCACCAGAGACUGUGCCCCACAUCAUCCUUUCUGUUACUGGGAGGGACUAUCUUAGCGGAAUAGAGAUCCUGAAGAGCAACAAACUGCCGCCUCUUGAAGAGGUGUUGGAUGGUUUAGGGCUGGGACCCAAGGGCCCUCCUAUCCCCCCCCUCCACUAUCUUCUCUGUCAUCCCUACCCUAAGAAGAGGCCUGUGCCCAGUGCACAGCAGAUCACUAGUUGCUUCACCUUCAUGGUGCCCUCAGUCCCAGAGGAUCCAGCAGGGGAGAAGAAAGCUGCAGACAUGGAGGCUGAAGCUGAAGGCUCAGUCAAGGAAGAAGUGGUGACCCCUACAAAUGGACGGGGGAAGAAGGCAGACACAGGCAGAGAGAGUCAGAAAGACAAGAGACGCACCCCAGCCAAAAAGGGGGCCAGGUCCAAUGACUCUCGCUCCCCUCCUCUCAACGCUGUGACUUCCUUAUCUGACACUGAGCAGUGCCAACAGGAGUCCCAACAGGAGCGCAACCAGCGACUCACAACAUUCCGCUGGAAUGUCCCACCCAAUGGAGAGGUGAGCCUGAAGAUCUGGUUCCACUCUCAAUUGCCUGGCAAGUUUGACCAAACACUGAACUUUGAGUUGUUGGGUACAAAGAGACGGUACCAAAUGUACUGUAGGGGCAUCUGUGCAUAUCCAUCCAUCAGCAAAGACGUAAAGAUGGUGUUUGCCCACAGUAAGAGGGUCCUUCAGUCUGAUGAGGUGCUGCAGAAGACCUACAUCAUUCGCUCUGGCCUCUAUGAGUUUGGCCCGCUGCUCUGUGGGAAGACCAGAGAUAGGUAUAAAGAGAGGAAGUAUCCAGAGAACAUCGAAAGGCUGGUGAUACACAACAACUCCCCACUGGAUGCUGAGAUUCACUUCUGCUUCCAGCAUGACACCAAGGCUACCACCUACCUACUGGACCCUCCCAACAUGACCCUCAAACCCAACGAGAGACAAGAGCUGACCGUGUGGGCGUACCCUACGAGCCCGGGGCAGAUAGAGGACAGUGUGGUGUGCUGUAUCAAAGAGAACCCAGAGCCAACCAUCUUCCGCUUCUCCUGUCGUGGGGUCCGGCCCGAGCUCGAGAUUGAACGCAAGCAGCUGCAUUUUGAUAAGAUUCUACUGCACAGGAAGGACACAAGGAAUCUGUGCCUGCGUAACAACACGCUGCUGCCUGCAGCCUGGAGGCUGAGUGGGCUGGAGGUGCUGGGCGAUGAGUUCAGUGUGUCUCAGGACCAGGGCAUCAUCCUGCCACACUCUGAGUUCUGCUUGCAGAUGCAUUUCAGAGCCAUGAAGCCCAUCAACCUGAAGAGAGCCAUUCGCCUCGAGGUGUCCGAUGUGGAGAACAUCCUGGGUAUUGUCCAUACAGAGAACAUACAGAUCCUUGCUGAGGCCUACGACGUGGCUCUGGACAUCACCUUCCCUAAAGGGGCUGACGGUGGUCUAGACUUUGGAACCAUCAAAGUAUCUGAGGAGGUCAAGCUUUCUGUGAACAUGAAAAACAAGGGCAAAUAUGAGAUAGCUUUCAAGUUCAUCCUGGAGGCCACAGAUCCAGCCAUGCCAGACCUGAACCAGAUCUUCACCAUCACCCCCCAGAAGGGCUCCCUCAACCCCAACGAUCGGCCCACAUGCGUCCAGUUUGUGUUCCGCCACAACAAGGAGGUGUCCAUCCGAGAGCAGCCAAUUCUGCGCUGUCAAGUGAUUGAGCCAAAUAUUGCAGAGGGUGGAGAGACCAUUGCCAUCAUUCCCAUCAAAGUAUCAAUCCAGUCCCUCUUCUCGAAAUACAACAUCAUGCCCUCCAGUGACAUUAACUUUGGGCCACUAGUAUACGGCUGCCGCAAAACACAAACCUUCACCAUAGAGAACAAGGGAGACUUUGAGAUCCGCUUCAACAUCAGCAGGAUGUGUAAAGACCUGCCACAGCCUGCCCAGAGGAGAGGCAUUGUGGGGAAGAGAACAUCACGUGAGAACCACUCUGCUAAACCCCUCACUGGAAACAAAGUGCGGCGAGCUGAAUCCAUCCAGAAGGACAUGGGCAUGUCCACUCUGGCCCGUUUCACCAUGGGCGUGUUCUCACUGGUGCCUGGUUUUGGUAUCCUGGCGCCGGGCGCUCACCAGGUGGUCACGGUAGACUGUGUGGCAGAGCAGGCAGGACGCUGGCAGGAGUGCCUGGCCCUGGACAUCACUGACCGAGACCCCUCAGACAAUCCAGGUGGUAUCCCCUACCGGCUUGUGGCCGAAGUCUGCAUGUCAGGGAUUGCAUACAAAGACAUUGCCUCUAUUUUUGAGGAGCACCGUAUCUGCAAGACCAGCACCAUGCUGUACUGUGAGCAGUUCCGUGAUUCCAUGGGCAUCUAUAUUCAGGACGAGAACAAAUUUGUUUUCAAUAAUGUUCUGGUGGGUCAUCCAGCCAAAGCUCGCUUCCGCCUCACCAACAACGGCAAGGUGCCCUGCGAGCUGAGCCUCGCAGUCAAACCUGUCCUUACUAAGAUGUCAAUGUGUAGCACGGAGGUGUUUGAGCUGAUGCCUGGCAGGCUGUCUAUACCCAGUCACUCUCAUGCCUUUGCCAUCAUCACCUUCACCCCUCAGACCAUGCAGACUUACCAUGCUGUGUUUGAGGCCACCCUGGAGGGAGCUACCAGUCUGCAACCCAUGGCCAAGUCGAAGGUGUUGGUGUUUGAUUUAAUGGGUGAUGGCAAUCUGCCCAGUGUGACUGUUCUGAGACCAGUCCUGAGGACCAGCCGUGGACACCCUCUGCUGCAGUUCAAACGGCUGCUGGUGGGCCGGGCCCAGACCCUGCCCCUGGUGCUGAAGAAUGAUGCCAAUGUACCUGCUCAUAUUCACAUUGAUCUUCUGGAUAAGAUGGGGGUGUUCACCUUGAGAGCUGCUCCCAACACCAACUGCAGCAACAUCUCCUCAUCACACAUAGAGGCCGAGGCCAGGACAGAGAGACAGAUGGCGCACACAGCCUCCUUGGUGCUGUUAGGCGGCCAGCAGGCAGAGUUUGAGGCGGAGUUUAGUCCCGUGGUGGCUCAGAGCUUCGAGGCCAACAUGCGCCUCCUAGUGGUGGACAACCAGUAUGAGGAGACAGUGGUGCGGCUGCUGGGGGAGGGCUACCAUGACGUCGUCUCCCUGGACAACAUCAACAGCAAUGCUCAGCAAAAGGAGUGCUCACCAGAUGGUAAGGGGGACCUGCUGUUCUUUGGAGACUGUCAUGUGUCCAGGCCCUACCAGGAGACCUUCACCAUGACCAACCUGAGCAGCAGUAACGUGCUGAGGUUUGAGUGGCCGGCCGACGGCCCCCAGGUCUGCUUCUCCCCCCAGGUGGGCCACCUCCAUGCAGGCUGUGCCAAGGAGGUGACCGUGACCUUCUGCUCAGAGCAGCCUCUGGUGCUGACCGCCCAGCCUAUGAAGUGUAAGCUGUGCAGGGUGGUGUUCCAGCAGCCUGUGGACCAGGUGCCAGACUGGGAUGACCGCCUCAGGACCGUCAAGUGGGUCGACUCUGGAAAACAAGUGGGGAGUCAACAGCCUUCAAAGAAGAAGGUGAUUGAGACAGACCCAGAGCCAGUCCACUGUGUAGUAGAGAAGUCAUUCAGGGAGACGGAGCUGCGCAUCAGUGCUGUGUGUGAUUAUGCCAAGUUCACCUGCAACGCAGAGACCAUCCGCUUCAAGGACACACUGCUCUAUCAGACCAGAGUGUUCCCACUCCAGAUGGUAAACAAAGGCAGUGUGAAGCUGGAGUACUCAUGGCAGGUCCUGAUGGACAAAUAUGGAAAAGGUGUCCACUUUGAUCAUGGAGACGUUAGCCCUCGCUCCUGUCAGAGCAGUAGAUUAGGGGUCAGACCUGCCAGCUCUUUAGAGAGCGUGUCAUGCCUGAUGCUGGGUGACCCAGACCUGCCACCCUUCUCCGUGGAGCCCAGUGUGGGCAUCAUCAGCCCUGGAGCCACCCAGACCUUCAGGAUCAAGUUCUCCCCCUUGGAGGUAGCAGAGUGUGAGGCCAGGCUGGUCUGCAGCAUCCCCAACCUGAAAGACGAGCAGAGCCCCACCAUGGUGGUGUGUGGUCGCAGUUUACUGCCCUACUGCCACUUCCACCUGGAGGACUCAGACUACAUCAGUGGAAACAGACGUAACCCAGAACUACGUGGUCCUCAUGGGGCACUGCCCAGGGCCCCCCUGGACCCCAACACCAGGGUCAUAGAGUUCAGAUCUGUGGGCAUUGGCUCCUCCAUCCCUAGGCAGUUCAGCAUUGUAAACCCCACCAACAAGCUUUACUCCUUUAUCUGGAGAUGUGAAGAUGCAGGUGCCUCCCCUUUCCAAUGUCUCACACCCAAUAACUCCAUUCAGCCUGGGAAGAAAGUAGAGGUAUCCUUUGAGUUCCAGGCCCAGGAGCCAGAUACAGUGGAGUCAUUCUGGACCUUCCUGAUCCCAGAUCAGAACCUGUCUGUGCCCUUCCUGCUGGUUGGAACAGCUAGUGAGCCUGUUGUCUACAUGGACCAUGCCCAUCUUAGCCUGGGAAACCUGCUAGUGGGACGCAAGGCUCACCAAACAGUGUAUCUGCUGAAUGGAGAGAAUCAGCCCUUUCAGUUCUUCAUUGAGGAAACGUCCCGUUACUCAGAGGCCUUCCUAGACAGCCUGCAGCUGGAGCCCAUGGAGGGGGUGGUGCCACCUAAAGACAGGUUCCCUGUGGUUGUGUCUUUCACCCCGACACAAGAUGGAGUGGUGACCUUUAACCUGCUGGUCCAGGUGAAGGGGAAGGUCCAGCCCCUCAAUAUGAACGUCAAGGCAGAGGGCUACAGCAUGAAUGCCUGUGUGCAGUGUGAGAGCACAGAGGGAGGCGUCACCGAGCUGUCUCCAGGCAACUCUCAUCAUCAGGUGGACUUCAAACAGGUGGAGCUCAGUGAUACGACAUUGUGUUCCUUCUUAGUGUCCAACCUGGGGAAGUUCAAUCUGGAUGUUCAGUAUGAGUUAUGGGGCCCGGCGGAGAUGCAGCGCCACCUAAAGGUGGAGACAGACAAGGGGAGUGUGGAGGUGGGCAGACAGAGCCGCUGUACUGUCACGUUCUUCCCCCUGCAGAAGUGUGUGCUCAAAGACGUGGGCCUCAACAUCAAGAUUAAGAAUGGGCCUGUGUUCAGCUGCUCCAUCCUGGGUUCAGCAGUUGCCCCUGGCCUGGAUUUCUCCUUCUUGAAACACAACUUUGGAAUGAGCUUUAUCUACUGUGCGGGGAUGGUGCCAGCCACACAUACACUGAUCAUAAGCAACAAGGGAGAGAGAGGGAUCAGUCUAGAUUGUCAGUUCUCCAACACCCCAUUCCUGGAGGUGGGCUUCCAGCCAGAGGUGCUGCCCCCUGGUGGGUCCAUGGAGGUGCCCAUCACCUUCUACCCACGGGAGGCCAUGCGCUACCAUGAGAGAGUGGUCUUCGAGAUCAAUGACUGUGCCAAGCAGGUGGUCGAGAUCCUAGGUCAAGGCAUUGAGAUGAAGGUUGACUUUGAGGACCCCAGACACAAGGUGGUGAAUCUGGGGGCUCUGCAGAUUGGUCAGAAGAUCAGGAGGGUGAUUCCCCUGGUGAACAAUAGCCACUCCUCUCUAACCUUCUCCCUGCUACUCAGCUCUACUGUACACACUCUGCUGGACUCCAGGGUGCUGUCAGUGAACCCGCCAGGUGAGGUGACCCUGAAGCCGUUUGGGGGCCGCUGUCUGGUUGAGGUGCUGUUCUCUCCCAGGCAGCGCAUGGCUCCCUUCACGUCAGAGCUGCAGUUUGAGUGUCUGGGCACGGUCCGCCCCCUGCUGGUACUGAAGGGCUGCUGUCUGGGAGUGGAGGUCAAGUUGGACCAGGACUACCUGCCCUUUGGAGCUGUUGCUCAGCGCUGCAAGGUCACAAGACGCAUCAUCAUGCAGAACACUGGAGACAUCGGAGCCAGGUUCCAGUGGGAAAUAAAGAGGUUUGGCAGAGACUUCUCCAUCACCCCUGUAGAGGGCUACAUCUGCCCCGGCAUGGAGGUGCCGUUUGAGGUGACCUUUUCCCCUGUGGAGCUGAGCCAGGAGCUGAGAUAUGAUGACCUGCCCUGCUCUAUAGAAGGAGCCAAGCCCAUCAAACUCACGCUGGCAGGCUCCUGUAUCAUACCCCCGGUCGCCAAAGAGGUGUUGCAUUUUGUGUGUCGGGUGCGCUGUCAGCACAUUCAGUCACUGACCCUGUCCAACCGCACUAACCAGCGCUGGACUCUGAAACCUUUGAUCGAGGGGGAGCACUGGAGUGGCCCUCCCUCCUUCAUCAUCGAGCCCUACCAGCAGAACAAGGCCUAUGAGAUCACAUACAAACCCAUGGUCACGACCGCCGAUGGCAAGAAGCACCUGGGCUCUGUGUUCUUCUCCUUUCCAGAUGGGACAGGCAUGCUUUACACUCUGCAUGGCACUGCUGAGGCCCCCAAGGCUGUGGCCACCAUCACCCACGAGAUGCCCUCCAAGACCCAGUACACUGAGAUGGUGCCUGUCCACAACUGGCUCUCCAAACCUCAGAGGUUCCGUGCUGUAGUGGAGAUCAUCAAGCCAGAGAGGCCAGACAGCACUGUGUCCCUGAAGGGUCUGGACUAUCUGGAUGUACCAGCUCUGGCCAAGAGGGACUACAAGGUCUCCUUCUUCACCUACAAGGAGGGCCAGUACAACGCCAAGGUGACAUUCCGUAAUGAAUCUACAGGGGAGUACCUGUUCUACUACCUGAACUUCAAGGCCACAGCGCCGGGUGUCAUCAGCACCAUAAAAAUGGUGACUCCGGUGCGCCAGACAGCCUCUGCCUCUGUCAGGGUGGAGAACCCCCUCCCCAUUAGCCUGUACUUCAGCGCUGAGUGCCGCAGCCCAGACGUCAGUGUGCCUCCACAGCUCUCUACGCCUGCACUCUCCAAGGCCACUCUUUCAUUCGAGUACCAGCCCCUGCGUGCGGGCGAGUCCACCGCUCGUCUCAUUCUUCAUAAUGGAGAGUUGGGCUACUUCCACUAUGAGCUGUUGCUGAAAGCCCUGCCAGCGUCACAUGAGAAACCACUCUACUUCCGUGCUCCGCUGGGCAGCGGACACUCCGUCUCUGCCAAGUUUACCAACUACUCCCGCGUCAAGGCAGAGUAUGCCUGCAAGACAGACAGUCCUGACUUCAUUGUGGAGAAGAACAUCAACGCUGAAGCUGGCUACCAGGCGGGCACCGACAUCAGCCUGGAGGUCUACUUUGAGCCUUGUCAGUUGGGGGAGAUCCGUGGCAUGCUCACCCUCUCCUCAGGGUUUGGUGGAGAAUACAUGUUCCCUCUCUUUGGGUGCUGCACUCCUCCCAAAGCCCAGGGCCCCUUCACCAUACGCGCCGGAUCCAGCGUGUCCAUCCCUUUUAAGAAUGUGUUUGUUCAGACCACAGCCUUCUCCUUCCAGGUGGACAGCCCAGCCUUCACUGUGAAGGGUGUGGAGACCAUCCAGCCCAAGAAGACCCAUAAGAUUCUGGUGAUGUUCGAGGGGCCACCCCCUGGCUCCCGAGGGCCCUGCAGUGGUAAGCUGACCAUCUCCAGCCCGCGCUCUGAGGGCCACGGCCAGAGCAUCUCCUGGGUCUUCUACCUGAAGGGCUACUGCCCUGAGCUGGCCCAGAGGGACAAGACCUCCUAAAGGAGGGUAAACCUCAUCUAUACAGAAUCAACAGUCCAAUUCCCAUUGUGGUUGAUACUACAAUAUGUUUACUCCACACUGAUAUAGUUUUAAGCAAAUGUCAAGCUAAUAAAUGUCAUAUAGAUGGGCGUUUUUCUUCUUUUGCACUUUAAUUUGAACUUUUAGCACGGAAUUGAAUUUGUUGAAUGUGUUUUAAAUCAGUAGGCUACAGUAAUCACAUUUAGUUAUUAGUUAUUGAUUUUACAAAUAAAAAUUUGUGGCAUUGUCCUAUUUAUAAAGCCUUAGGAGAUCUAUACAUUGUGAGACUAAAUAAUAAAUAUAUU